AUGACGGCAGCUGAGCAUUCCAUCGCAUAUGCACUCCAAAAGUUGCUUGGAAUUGCGGUGAUACCCGAGAUUCACGCACUGGCAUACGGCCUGAGUAGCGAGCUUCCUGUGCCAUGUGAGUCGCCGCCUAUGUUUAUGCUCGAAGUUAUUCUUACCAAUGGGAAGUCCCUCGAGAUGAUCUAA